AUGGAAGGACAACGUGAAGAGAAAAUUGAGCGAGACACAGUUUUAAUAUCUGCAGUUAAGGAGGACAAAGAGGAAGUAUCAUCACACUCUGUACUUUUUGUCAAGCGCUUAUCACCUGCUUCAGUGCAAGUACCAGUGAGCAGCACUGAAGCUGAGCUAGUCGUGUCUACUGGCCGUUACCUUGUUAAGAAUAUCGUUUCAAUAUCUAUUGCUGAGAAAACUACCAAAACUAAGAGAGAAACUCUUAUUUGCACUCCUAGAUCUGAGACAAUCUUGGAAAACUCAGUUGAAUGUUGGAAGGAGAUUCACUCAAACAAAGAUGAUGAUGUGAAAGAAGAAAGAAUGGAGAUAACUAAAGUCGGUUGUGCGAGUGUUGGUCAUUGUCUGAAUCUAACACCAGAAAAACUUAUGGAUGAGUACACUCAGUUGGAGCUAGAAGAAGCAGUCGGCACUAAAGUCAAGAGGCUCUUCCGAAUAAAUGAAGACAGUGAAUCAAGAAUUCGUAAAAGAAAAGCCACAAGGAAUGGCUGA